GCAUUUCGUCAUUGGAUACACGUGAAGACCGACGAGCUUUCCCCGCUUUCUUUCCCUCCCCGGCGUGAACGGAACGGCCCCUAACUCAAAUCCUAAUCUCCUCCGGGUAUGGUUUCAAGAAAGAUUGGUAGCCAUUGUCCGAUCUCUGGAUUUUUUUCUUCGUUCGUCUUCGCUGGAUCGAUCGCCCUGUCCUCGGCGGAGAGGGAUUCGCCUCGGAGAACGCUAAUCGCGGAGGGUAUUUCUCUUCUUUAGGGUUGGAGGAAGGGUGGAGGAGCGAGAGAGGGAUCGACACUAUGAGAACGAUCGAGACGUUGCAAGAUCUGAUAGAAGAGGCCAAGGUUCGAACCGCCUGCUGGGCCAUCUGCGUCUUUGCGAUCACCUACUUCUUGUCGCAUACAAGUAAAUCGAUGUGGACAAAUAUCCCAAUAUCAAUUCUUAUACUUUCAGUCUUCCGCUUUCUAUCUUAUGAAGUGGAGAUCCACUGGAGGGUGCAUCCUGUCCGUAAGCAGACAUAUCUAUCUCAUUUGGAAAAGAAGCAGUUACAUCUAGAUGAUUUUCAUCUUUCUACUGUGCCACCUCCUUCAAAAUGGAGGAGGAAAAUUGAUUCGCCCAUUGUGGAGGCUGCCAUUGAGGAAUUCAUUAACAAGAUCUUGCAGGAUUUUGUUGUAGAUCUUUGGUAUUCGUCUCUUACUCCUGACAAGGAGGCGCCGGAACUAAUACGCACUAUCAUACUAGAUGUACUUGUUGAAAUAUCAAGAAGAGUUAAGCAGAUCAACCUUGUCGACUUGUUAACAAGGGACAUGGUUGACUUGAUUGGAAACCACCUAGAUCUAUACAGAAAAUAUCAAUCAGAGAUUGGCGUGGAUGUUAUGGGAACUCUUUCUUUUGAGGAAAGGGAUGAAAGGUUAAAACACCAUCUAACAGCUUCCAAGGAACUUCAUCCAGCUCUGCUAUCUCCGGAGUGUGAACACAAGGUUCUUCAACGUAUUGUUGGAGGAGUUCUGGCAAUAGUCUUGAGGCCACAGGAAGCUCAAUGCCCAUUAGUUCGCUGUUUCAGUAGAGAGCUGUUGACCUGCUUGGUUUUGCAACCUCUCAUGAACUUUGCCAGUCCUGCGUAUAUCAAUGAGUUGAUUGAGUAUGUAUUCCUUGCCAAUCAAGAUAACAGAAAUGGAGAGUCGGACUCUGAUAGGUCAACCAAUGAAGCUAUUCUUGUGCAUGAUCCUAAAGUUUCUGGAGGAAAUACUCGGACUGCUCAGCCUGAGUUAAGAACUACAGCUUCUAACCAAGCAGGGGAUUUGAUAAUGGCUAAAAGUGGUGGGGAAAAAUCACUUGCUUGUUCUGAGCGUGUUCCUCAGAAAACAUUACAGGAAAGUACUGGGCAUCAUAUACCGCCUAGGGCAGCAGAAUGGGCAGUGAUACUGGAUGCUGCUACAAAAAGAAGAUCUGAGUUCCUUGCCCCUGAGAAUCUUGAAAACUUGUGGACAAAAGGAAAAAACUACAAAAAGAAGAUGGCCAAUAUUAUGAAGGCAGGAACUUUGCUGGGUUCUGUGAAUGCUGCACCGGGAAAUAGACACACUACUGCUCAUGCAGAAAACAUGGGAAAGGGAUUGUUGACCAAUAUGAACGAAAGUAUUAUAAAUAUAGAUGAUAAAUAUAUGGUCCACCUAAUGCAGGGACCCAAUAUUAAUAGCCAAUCAAAUGUAGCAACAAAGAAUGGGCCACAUGUUUCCCAAGAGCUGGUUAGUGUGCAAUCUAAAGAAAGGGGUCAUUUUGGUGAUGGAAGUGAUGAAAAUACCAGGAAAACUGUUAAAAGUGACAAAGGUCAGCUAAAGCGAUCUAGCAGUACACCUGAUAUUGAAACAACAUUCAUGGGCAAAGGUGGUGAAACUUCUGGUUUCAAGGAGAACUAUAUUCUAAACAUUAGCAAGCAUAAGGAAGAGCAAAGCUCUGCAUUGGUCUCCAAGAAUGGAGGAUCCUUCUAUGUUCCAAAGAUCAGGUGCCGGGUUGUUGGAGCAUAUUUUGCCAAAGUUGGAUCUAAAUCUUUUGCAGUUUAUUCAAUUGCUGUAACAGAUGCAGAGAACAAGACCUGGUCUGUGAAAAGAAGAUACCGAAAUUUUGAGCGGUUGCACCGGCAUCUAAAAGAUAUACCUAAUUAUACAUUACAUUUGCCCCCAAAAAGGUUUCUUUCAUCCAGUAUCGAUGAUUAUUUUGUGCACCAGCGGUGCAUUCUUCUCGACAAAUAUUUGCAUGAUCUUCUGUCAAUUGCCAAUGUUGCGGAGCAACAUGAAGUUUGGGACUUUUUAAGUGCUUCUUCGAAGAAUUACUCUUUUGGAAAGUCAACCUCAGUGAUGAAAACAUUAGCAGUGAAUGUGGAUGAUGCUGUGGAUGAUAUGGUUCGCCAAUUUAGAGGGGUUUCAGAUGGUCUACGGCGUGUUGUUGGCUCAUCAUCGUCUCAUGCAAGUUCUCCCUUAAGAGCUGAAGAGAGCAUGGCAUUAGCAUGCAUUGAAGAAGAGACAAAUAAGCUCAGUCCAAGCUAUAGUAAUAUGGACACUUCCCAUAGUUUGUCUGAUGAUGAAGCCCAUGAUGAAGACCAAUCUUCUGCAGUAAAUAAUGGAUGGCACUCUGAUAAUGAAUUAAACUCCAAAGGUUUUCCACCUUGUGUUGUCAAGCGCAUUGAGGAAUCUUCAAAUUUGGAUUCUCAGAGAAGCCAACAUUCAGAUAAAUUUCACAGACUUGCUUUAAAUGACUCAAAAACUUUAGUAGCAUCUGAUAUUUUUGAGGAUCCGCUUGCAAUGCCACCUGAGUGGACACCACCAAACAUUAGUGUGCCGCUGUUGAGUCUAGUUGAUAAGAUAUUCCAACUGAAACGGAGAGGUUGGCUGAGAAGACAGGUCUUUUGGAUUUCAAAACAGAUUUUGCAGUUAAUGAUGAAAGAUGCAAUUGAUGAUUGGAUCCUAAGGCAAAUUUCUUGGCUCCGGAGGGAUGAUGUUAUUGCACAAGGGAUUCAUUGGCUCCAAGAUGUUCUCUGGCCUAAUGGUACAUUCUUUAUAAAGUUGGAGAGCAGUCAAGGGAAUGUGGAAGACAGUCAUUUUAGUCAGAAACCAACUCAAAGUGCCAGUCGGAUAUAUGGUGAUAAGGUGACCAGAUCGAGCUCUUUCGAGCUGCAGCUUGAAGCAGCUCGCAGAGCAAGUGAUGUUAAGAAAAUGAUACUUGGUGGAGCUCCAACUGCGUUAGUCAGCUUACUUGGGCAUAGUCAAUACAGGCAUUGUGCGGAGGAUAUUUAUUACUUUAUCCAGUCUACUGUCUGUGUUAAGCAGCUUGCAUAUGGUAUGUUGGAACUGGUGCUUAUUUCAGUAUUCCCAGAAUUACGUGAUUUAAUACUAGAUAUACAUCAGAAGGCCUGAAAUCAGCCAGUCAGUCAUGAGCUUCAACCUUCUAAGACCUUCAAAGUCAAUCAGCAGCAUUUUUGAGCUCUCCCUUCUGGUCGACAUUUUUGACAGGUCAGCAUUCUGUUGGAGUUGAACUAAGAAAUCUUGGAUUUGGGAGUGAUUUUCUAUAUUCCAUUCAAAAUGUACAGUUGUACACAUUGAAAGCAUGUAUAUUUAUUAGCUGAGUUUAACCAAAUGAAUGAAAGUAGUUAUAUAAGAUACUUACCAAAUGAAUGAAAGUAGUUAUACAAGAUAUUUUUACAUAAGUCAA